AGAAGCAGAAUAAUGGAUUUUUUACAGUUUCUAUUUCAUAUUACUCUAUUAUUUUUGUUUAAGAGUAGUGCAGUGCUAGCAGUACCAUUAUUAGCAAAGCCUAAUUGCCAAUCACGUUGCGGAGACGUUGAAAUCCCGCACCCUUUCGGAAUUGGAGCAGGCUGUUACAUUGACGACUGGUUUCAAAUAACAUGUGUCAACUCAACCAAACCUUUCUUGAACAAGAUCGAUCUAGAGGUGCUGGAAAUUUCUGUUAAAGGUACACUAAAGGUUGUAAACCCAAUUACCUUCUCUUCCAACUGCAGUGCUAAUAAGCCUAUUCGCCAAGCGGCCAACUUGGAGGGAAGCCCUUUUGUGUUCUCCCAGAAGAACAUAUUCACUGCAAUGGGUUGCGGCGUUAUGGCCAUGAUCACUUCAAACUCAAAUGGCUCUACCGUUUCAGCCGGUUGCAAGUCCGAAUGUGACAAUAUUUCAACAAAUGUGAAAAAGAAUGGAGUUUACUUCUGCCAGACCCCCAUCCCUUGGUUUCUCUCUGCCUUCAAUACUACUUUCCAGGUUUAUGAUGAUUAUACAAAAAGUACUAAUUCAUGCAGUUAUGCAUUUUUGGUAGACCAUGACUGGUUUCAGUGGUUUCCCAACAAUUCAACAAAAAAUAUUUCUACCAUCAGUGACAUGGACAAUGUCCCUGUCAUGCUAGACUGGAACUUGUAUCAUUCGACGGUUGAGGUAUUUGGAGUCAUGGUAAAAGUAAAUCCGAUAUCUUUGGGUUCCGAAUCAUCCUUCUAUUGCCAAAGUCAUAAUGACAGCUCUUCAAUACAUGAAUCCUCAAUCAGGCUGGAAUGUUUCUGCAAUUGGGGCUAUGAGGGAAAUCCCUAUCUCCCACAAGGAUGUCAAGACAUAAAUGAAUGUGAGGCUGGGAACCAUUGUACUGGAGGCUCCAUAUGUAAGAACCAUGUUGGGUAUUAUGAAUGCUACCCAACACAUAGAAAUUCUUGGCUUAAAGUGGUCUUUAUAGGUAUCGGCAUCGGUCUUGGGCUAUUGUUUCUACUCGUUGGUGCUUGGUGGUUGUAUAAAGUCGUUAGAAUUAAACUCAAGGAGAAGUUUUCGCAACAAGAUGGCAGUUUAUUGAUGGAACUACAGCGUUUAUCUUCUGGUGAAGUCAACUUGGAUAAUUAA